CUUCUCUCCUAGCUAGCUGCCAUACCACAGCACGUAGUACGUUCUAGCCUCUUCUCCAACUAAUAGGUGCUAUGGAAAAAACGAAUGUCAGGUUGCCCCAGCUGGCUAAGAUAGCCGCGCUCCUCCUCCUCUUCAUCCUCGUACCCAUGGUGCCUCCUUCUCUGAGGGCCCCUUAUCUCUACCUCCUCUUCAACGCCCUCGUCGUCGCCCUUGGCGUCGAGGCCGGUUUCCUCUCCGUCUCAACCGGGACCAAGCUAACAGGCCAGCCUCCUGCCGCUGCCGCUGCUGCUGUAAUUCCCAACCACCAUCACCACCUUGUCACUUCACAGCCGCCGAUCAUGGCGGCACCCUUGCCAGGACGACUUAGGGAGGUAAAUCUGCUUGCAGAUCGCGGUGCUAUCAAUGAGGUGCUGAGCGUGGCGAAGAAACUGAAGGAGGAGAUCAAGAAAGUCCCGUCCAGGGCGAGCAUCUUCUUCAUCGGGAGCGCGGACCCCCACGACGCCGGCGAGAUCGUCGAUGCGACGUCGACGCUCCAAGACAAUCAGGCGGGGGAAGGGCGGAAAAGGUGCAAGGUAGACGCCUCCUCCCAUGAUCUCAUGAGCAAGCAGGAACUUUACGCGAAGGCCGACGCGUUCAUCGGCAACUUCUACAAGCAGCUCAAGAUGCAGAGGGAGGAGUCGUGGAACAAGCUGCAGGACCUGUGCAGCUACCACCACCACCACAACUACAAGGCCAAGGCCUUCUAGAGAUUCUCGAUCUAUACGUACGUAUCUAGAGUCUAGAUGCAUGGUAGCAUCUAUAUAUAUGUGCAUGCAUGCAUGUGCAGAUACGCUGUUUGUGUGUUGGUACGUAGGGUAACUUUGCUGAGCAGUGGAAGGAGCCGAGAGGAACCAACAGAUAUUAUGUUGUUUGGUUCUCACAUUCUUAAUUACCUUCAUCGACCCAUUGAUUUGUUUUGGGUUAGAAGAUCAUAGGAGUCCUUUCCCCUGAAGUAUAUAUAUGGACAGUCGUAUACACAUGUUCUUAACUAUAUGGCUCGUCUAUUUGUAAGUCACCUGAAUUUUCUAUUUGGUAUAAGUCAUUUUUCUUUUCCCUC